GACCUGAAGCAGGCAGAUCAUUCUGAGAGGAAUCAAGACAACACCUUCCAGACAAACAGGCGAGAGAAAUGUCUUCUGCCGAGAGCCUCUUCAUGGACGACCCUUUCUUUGCGAACUCCCACUUUUUGUGGCCCAGGCGCAGUAUGGUUCUUUCCAGCUUCAGAGAGGAUUUCCUCCAGCGAAGGGCCCAAAUAAUGCAGAACCUGAGGAACGAGAUCAGAGACAGCUUGCUGAGUGAACUCAGUGAAGAGUUCUUCCAGAGUUUAAACGGUCAGAGGUCCCCUGUCUUCUCCAGGCUCUUCAGUACCAGCACAGAUGAGAACAAGCGGCGAGACGUGUCUCUCACACUGGACACUCAAGGCUUCUCUCCAGAAGACGUCACUGUGACAGUAUCUGGGAGGAGGCUGGAGGUGCUGGCCAGCAAGAAGGCAGAGAAAGACGCUUCCUCAUCGUCUACCAGCACUGCUCAUGUCGCAGAAGCCCAGCCACAAGGAUUUGUUCAAGCUGUGCAGCUUCCUGAUCACCUGGAUCCAACCUCCUUGACCUGUUCACUUGGAGAAGAUGGACUUCUGCAUAUUGAGUCACCAGAUUCCAAAGAUGAGUCCUCAGAGGAGCGUGUCAUUCCCAUCCGCUUCAGAACAUCCCUGAAUAUCCCCAUCAACAAGGACAGCACAAACAAAAUGGAGGAUGGGGCUGAGAAAUCAAACUAGAACACAGACUGAUGGCAUACUAUGCAUUGUACAAUUGUUUUCAUGAAUCCAGAGAUGUGCUUCCUGUAACUGUCAUUUUUUUCUAAAAAGGUUUUAAUAAAGAUGUUAAUUGGUGACUUCA